CCUCGGAGACUGGCCACCUCCCACCCUCACGGUGUGAGCCUGCCUUGCCUCUGUUCCCCAGGAUGCCCAGCAGUGCCCGGGGGGCUGCCACGGGCCUGCCCCAGUGGCUCAUCCUCCUGGCCAGCUUCAUCCCACCAGCCCUUGGCUCAUGGGGGGUCACCUACCCCACGUCCCUGCAGGGCAUCAGGGGCUCCUGUGUGGUGAUCCCCUGCACCCUGAGCUACCCUGAUGACAUGGCAGCUGACGACGGCAUCGUGGCCAUCUGGUACAAGGAUUAUGAUAACCAAAAGACGUUGGUGUACCACUCGGCAGCCCAGGAGGUGGAUGCUGGCUUCAGGGACCGUGUCCAGCUCCUGGGGGACCCCCGCUGCUCGCAAUUGCACCCUGCUGCUGCGGAGACUGACGCUGGAGGACCAUGGGCCCUACAGAUUCCGCUUUGAGAUCAUCAACGGUGACCGGUGGUCAGCGGAGAGGGAUGUGAUGCUGAGUGUUUUGGAUGACCUUGAUCGCCCAAGCAUUGCUGCCAGUGAGGAGCAAACCGAGGGGCAAACAUCCACCUUGCAGUGCUCCACACCCUACUUCUGCCCACUGAGCGACACUGCCCUGCGCUGGGAGGGCUACGACCCCCAGGUCUCGGUGGUGUCUGGCUGGGUCCAGCUGGACACGAACGGGGUCAGCCACCACCUGACUCUCACCACCUCCUUCUCCUGGAAGGACCACUCCAAAAAGCUGCUCUGCGAAGUUUCUUAUGGCUCCAAGAAGGCAACCAGUGAGGUCGUCCUGCGGGUGAGACAUGCCCCUAAGGACACCCAGGUGUCAGUCAGCCCCUCCACGCAGAACAUCCGUGUGGGCGACACGGUGUCCCUCACAUGCGAGGUGAGCAGCAGCUACCCCCAUGUCUCGGCAUACCACUGGUACAAGGACAGAGUGGCUGUGGGCAGCGAGCAGAUCCUGACCCUUCGAGGGGUUCGCCGCGAGGACUACGGACAGUACCACUGUGAAACCAAGAACGACGUUGGGGCUGGCGCAGCACCUGCCGUGGUGCUCUACAUCUUCUCCGCAGAGAUCUCGGUGAGCCCAGCAGCUGAGGUGCAGGAGGGGACACCCACCACCUUGUCCUGCGACGUCCCUGGCAGGGAGGGCCAGGACCUCAACUACACCUGGUACAAGAACAGCGCUUGGCUCAAGGAGGGCACGGCGCACACCCUGCUCUUCCACCACGUGGCCGCCAGCGAUGCUGGCUAUUACUCCUGCAAGGUGACCAAUGAUCGGGGCAGCGACACGUCCCAGGCCGUCAGUCUGAGCGUGACAUACCCCCCCCGGACCCCCAACAUCAUGCUCUUCCAGGAGACCCAGGGUGGCAGGCUGGCCAUCGUCCGCUGCACUGUGGACAGCCACCCCCCAGCCACCAUAGCCCUUUACCGCGAUGGCACCUUGCUGGCAGCCAGUGGGUCACAGGCAGCCCCGCGCCAGCGGCUAGGUGUCACCACAUCCCGCAACGCCCUGCGGCUGGAGAUCCGGGGUACAGGACCCCAGGACAGUGGGGAGUACCGCUGCAUGGCCAGCAACGCCUACGGCAACACCAGCGCCACCAAGCUCUUCGUCGCCCGCGCUAUGGAGGUCCUGAUCCAGCCCUCAUCAGAGGUGUGGGAAGGGGCAGCCGUCACCCUGACCUGCCUGGGGGCUCGGGACGUGGCAGGGGAGACCCUCUACACCUGGUACAGGAACAGCAAGUGGCUUCGGGAGAGCUCAGCCCCGACACUGCACUUCCCUUCCAUCCGCGGCGAGGAUGCAGGCGCUUUCCAGUGCAGCGUCCACAGCAGCAACGGCAGCGACACGUCGGUGGCUGUCCCGCUCCGUGUACUCUUCCCACCAAGGCAACCAGCGAUGAGCUCCUUCCUGGAGACCCAGAGUGGGCGCCUGGGCGUCAUCCAGUGCACCGUUGAGAGUGACCCAGAGUCCAACCUGACCCUAUGGAGAGGAGAAGAAGUGGUAGCCUGCACAUGGGGCUGUCCCACAGCCCCCAACCCCAGGGUCCAUGCCACCUUUUCCUACAACAGUCUGAAGGUGGAGAUGCGGGAGGUGGUGCUGGAGGAUGAGGGGACUUACGUGUGCUGGGCUGGGAACCUGCAGGGCAAUGCCAGCGCAGCCAUAGACUUCAGGGCUGAGACUGCCAACAUUGCAGUGGCUCCAUCCCCCCACGUGCUGGAAGGCCAGGCCGCCAACCUAACCUGUCAGCUGAGCAGCGGCUCCCUGGCUCAGCCCAACAUCACCUGGUACCGAAAUGAGCAGUGGCUUGCCGAGGGCCUGGCUACCUCCCUGGUGUUUCGGCAAGUGGCCAGCACAGAUGCCGGUCUGUACCGCUGCAAAGCCACCACCGACGGCGGCAGCCGGAGCUCUCCCACCAUCUUCCUGGAUGUGCUGUAUGCCCCCCGGGACCCCCACCUGAGUGCCUUCCUGGAGACGCAGAGAGGCCACCUGGCCAUCUUCCACUGCUCCGUGGCAAGCAACCCUCCCGCCUGGCUGGCCCUGCACCGUGGUGAGGAGCUGGUGGCCACCAGCACCGCGGGGAGCAGCCCACGAGUGGGCAUCUUGGCAGCCCCCAACACCCUCCGGGUGGAGCUGCGGGAGGUGACACCAGCCGACGAAGGCAGCUACCGCUGCACCGCCACCAACGCGCAUGGCACCGUGGCCCAACGCCUGUACUUCCACGUGCAGACUGCCCGAGUCCUCAUCUCACCGUCAGCAGAGGCGCAGGAAGGAGACGACAUCUCCCUGACGUGCCAGGUAGUGGGAGAGCCACCAGAUGACACCAUCUACACCUGGUACAGGAACAGUGAACGGCUCCAGGAGACCCCUGGCAACUUCCUUGCACUGCCCCACAUCGCCAGCACGGCUGCCGGCUCCUACCACUGCCGAGCCCGCAGCCCCUCGGGGACCAGCAUCUCCCCGGCUGUUGCCCUGCGCGUCUCCUAUCCCCCGCGGGUGCCGGUGCUGACCUCCUUCCUGGAGACCCCCGAGGGGCAGCGGGGCGUGCUGCAGUGCACGGUGGACAGCAGCCCACAGGCAGAGCUGGCUCUCUUCAAGGACCAGGCACUGGUGGCCUCUACAGCACUGCCCCAGCGCACUGCCCUGCCACGGCUCAGCAUCACCUUGGCCUUCAACAAGCUGCGGGUCAGCAUCAGCCCCGUGCUGCUGGAGGAUGAGGGGGAAUACGUGUGCUCCGCCAGCAACAGCUAUGGCAACGCCAGCACAACGGCGAACUUCACGGCAAGCACUGCCAGGCUCUGGAUCUCCCCCUCCCCAGACGUGCAGGAAGGCAACGCCGUCAACCUGACCUGUGCGGUUGCGAGCAGUGGUGGGGAAGUGCUGAGCUACGCCUGGUACAAGAACCAGGUCUAUUUCAGCAGCAGCUCGGCCCCAAUCUUCGCCUUCCCCAGCGUCUCGGCCUCCGACGCUGCCUCCUACCACUGCACGGUGCGGACCCCAGCGCUGACCCGCAGCUCUGCACCCACCACCCUCAACGUCCUCUACCCCCCCAGGAACCUGCAGAUGAAGGCCUUCACGGAGAGUGGCAAUGGGACAGCAGUCAUCCUCCUCUGUGUGGUGGAGAGCAACCCCCUGUCCAAGAUCACCCUGCUCAAGGAGGGGAAGCUGGUGGCCUCCAGCCCCCCCGUGGGAGGUGACCACCCCAGGCAGAGCAGCCACAUCUCCCUGGCUCCCAACACACUGAGGCUGGAGCUCCGGGAGGCUUCUGCAGAGGAUGAGGGAGAGUAUGAGUGCCAGGCACGCAGCCCCCUCGGCAGCACCUAUGUGUCUCUGCCCCUCCGUGUGCAGGCCAUCAGGGUGGUGGUGCGACCCUCUGCCGAGGUGCCCGAGGGGACCGAUGUGAUGCUGACAUGCCGGGAUGCAGGCACGCGCCCAGGCACCAUCUACUCCUGGUACAAGAACGGGCGGUGGCUGGCGGAGGGGCUCGACGCCUCCCUCGCCCUCCACGCUGCCCGGCGCACGGAUGCCGGUGCCUAUGCCUGCCAAGUGGGGAGGGGGCUGCGUGGCCGCAGGGCCCCCCCCGCCGCCCUCAGGGUGCUGUAUGCACCCCAGGAGCCAUCCUUCAUCUCCUUGGUGGACCCCCGGGGAGGGCGUCAGGCUGUCCUGCUCUGCACCGUCGACAGCUUCCCACCUUCCGACAUCACCCUGUACCGGGGUCCCGGCCACGCGCCCCUGGCUUCCACCCACAGCCUGGCCGACCCACGCUUCACCGUCCAGGCAGCCCCCAACUCCCUGCGGAUGGGCAUGGCGGGGCUGGAGCUGCAGGACACAGGGCUCUACAUCUGCUCGGCCAACAACAGCUAUGGCACCGCGUCCUCGUCCCUGCUCCUGGAUGUGGGAGGAGUCACAGUCACAGUUGAGCCUUCGCCAGAAGUCCCCGAAGGCACCACAGCCACCAUGACCUGCUCGGCCACCCCUUGGGUAGGUGAAGAGGCCAAUUACACCUGGUACAAGAACAGCCGGUGGCUGCGGGAGGGACCGGACGGCUCCCUCGUACUCACCCACGUCUCCAGCGCCGACACCGGCACCUACCACUGCCGGGCAAGUGGGAUGCGGGGCAGUGCCACCUCGGCCCCGCUCAGCCUCCAUGUGCUCUACCCCCCCCGGGACGUGUCAAUCAGCACCUUCCUGGAGAACCGCAGCGGGCGGGUAGGCAUCGUGCUGUGCACAGCUGACAGCCACCCGGCUUCCACCAUCGCCCUGUACCACCAUGGCCACCUCCUGGCCUCCAGCCUGGCCCCCGCCACCACACCAGGGGUCCGCAGCACCCCCUCCCACAACAGCCUCCGGGUGGAACUGGGGGCUGUGGGGCCGCAGGACUCAGGGGAGUACACCUGCAUGGCCGGCCACCCCCUGGGCAACGCCACGGCCAGUGCCUACUUCAACGUGCACAGGCCAUGGGAAGAAGGGCCGAGGGAGGUCACGCCCCCCCCGCAGGGGUCCCUGAGCCCACUCCAGUCUUGCCGAGUCGGCAGCCCCAGCACUGGCGGGGAUCUGCCCUGGCUCCCCUCUGCCCACAGCUCUCACCCACCUCCUGGCCUUCACCGUCCUGGCCGGGCUGCUCAUGGCCGUGCUCUGUGUGGCUGCCCUGGCCCUCCUGGCUGUCAAGCUAUGGCCCAGGAUAAAGAAGUUUUGGGGCUGGUCCAGUGCUGAUGACACCUUUGAGCUGAGGAGCAAACAGGAGCAGGAGCAGGCGCAGGUAGAUGGAGCUUCUUAAGCUGGUGGCUCUUUCCAACUGAUGCUGGAAGCACACAGCACUGGCCUAGCUGGAUCCAGGCAGCCACUACCCUGGGGAUAAUCCAUCUCCAUCCCCUCCCGGUCUCCUCUGCCCCCGUUCCACCGCGCCCCUUGUCCCCCCCCACCAUGGAUGUUGUUCUCACACCGGGUACAGUCUGUGCUUGACACCGCGCAUGGUGCACCACAUGUGCCAGGCACCAGCAAGCUGUGACAGCUCAGAGCUGCUCUCCAGCAGUGAAACCUUGGGAAAAAAAUAAAUCUCUGGGUGAUUAUGCAAGCCUGGGGGCAGCCUCUCCAUCACCACUGCCCUCCUGUCCCUCCACCAAAGCUGCCACUCCAGGGUGCUGCCCACCUUGGUGCUAUGCGUGCCAGGGCAUCCCUGUGUGCAAUUCCUCUGUUGGGAAAUAAAACCGGAGCAACAUGCA